AUGGCUCAACCUCCGGCCCAGGAGUUGACCUUGAGGGCCAGACACGGAUGCACCAGCCGCGAAUGCCAUCAGCGAGCGGAUGGACGUCAACAGCUGCGAGGAUCACUGGCGCUUGUGUCCUUUGGCGCUGCAGCAUCUUUGCCGCGACGAACUUCGGCGGCGCGUCUUCGACAAGCAGCUGGAGGUGCAGCUCCCUCAGUUGUUCCUGAGGAUCGCUGGCUUCUGUCCUUAGACACGGAGGCCUUCGCUAAGGAGCUGACUGAGCUGGGCCAGAAGCUAAGGGAGGAACAGGGCGAAGAAGAUUUGCGACAUCUGAAACGCGUCGUAUUUUGGAGCGACCUUUGUGCCGUGGUGGGACUUGCAUCGUUGUGGAUGACCCCCAAUCCGAUCACGAUCUUGGCAUUAAGCCUCUGGACACACAGUCGCUGGACCAUGGUGGCACACCACACCAUCCAUGGAGGAUACAACAAAGUGGACCCUAGCGGCCACUAUUCAAGCAAAAACUUUGGCAUGGGUAGUCUGUGGCGACGUGUGGUGGAUUGGUUUGAUUGGAUGCUUCCAGAGGCAUGGAGCCGAUAUCACAACCAAGUGCACCACUAUCGGGUGAAUGAACCUGACGGAGAUCCAGACUACUUCGAGAAAUACACUGAUACCUGGAAGCUCAACAGGGAGUUCAUGACUGUCCUGUCCAUGCUCUUCUUCAAGUGGGCAUUUGCCGCACCGAACACCUACAAAGCUUUGAAGCUUUCGCAGUUCAAAGGAGAGCUGCCUGCGAACUUUGACCCAAAGCUGACCAUGACCAUCUACCAGGUCUUUCGAAUGGAGUCUUUGGGCCAGGCAAUCUUCUCUGCCGGUGAGCUCAUGACCAAAGUGAUUGGGCCCUACUUGCUGCUUCACUUCUUUCUGCUGCCACUACCGCUCUUGCUUAUUGGACCAAGCUUUUUCUGGAAUGCUGUGGCCAAUCUCUUUCUGGCAGAGUUGGUGGCAAAUAUCCAUGGAUUCAUGGUGACCACUUUCAACCACACCGGGGAGGAUGUGUAUUGCUUUUCGAGUGGAUGUCGAGUAAAUUCGCCAAGCUUUUACCUCCGCGCGGUGACUGGCUCGGUGAACUGCUGCACCGGCGGAUUCCUCAACGACUUCCUGCAUGGUUACCUGAAUUACCAGAUAGAGCACCACAUUUGGCCUGACUUGUCGAUGUUGUCCUACGCCAAAGCGCAGCCGCAUGUGAAGGCAAUCUGCCAGAAGCAUGGAGUGCCGUACGUGCAAGAGAACAUCUUUGCAAGAAUGGCGAAGGUUCUUCGCAUCUUCACGGGCCGCGCACGCAUGCGCCGCUUUCCAGCGCACCUGGAACGGCAGGAGGAUCUGAUCUCUUGGGAUGAUCGUGGUGGAGUUCUUCGGGAUGUCCAGAGAUCUCCCCAGGACCUUGCCCCUGCCAUGUAG